GAGUGCGCGGUCGGGAUGCGGUGCGGGAAGAUGGCGGCGGCGGCGCCCUCCGCGCCUGCAGCCGGGGCUGCGGGCGGCUGGGGCGGCGUGCGGCGGCGUUGCCAGCGGCUGCUCUACUGGGUGCCCGUGCUCUUCAUCUCCAGCAUCCUCUGCUGGUCCUACUACGCCUAUGUCACCCAGCUUUGCCUGCUAACAAUGACAAAUAUUGGAGAAAAAGUUGUGUGCCUGGUCGCUUACCACAUAUUUUUCAUGCUGUUCGUCUGGUCAUAUUGGAAAACAAUCUUUACUCUACCAAUGAAUCCUUCAAAAGAAUUUCAUCUGUCAUACUCGGACAAAGAAUCCCUAGAAAGGGAGCCAAGAGGUGAAUCCCAGCAAGAAGUCUUACGACGAGCAGCCAAGGAUCUUCCUAUCUACACACGGACAAUGUCUGGAGCAAUCAGGUACUGUGACAGAUGCCACCUCGUAAAACCAGAUCGUUGCCAUCACUGUUCUGUGUGUGACAAAUGCAUUCUGAAAAUGGAUCAUCAUUGUCCUUGGGUGAACAACUGUGUCGGAUUCUCCAAUUACAAAUUUUUUCUUCUCUUCUUGGCUUACUCUCUGCUGUAUUGCCUUUUCAUUGCUGCAACAGAUUUACAGUAUUUUAUCAAGUUUUGGACAAAUGGCCUUCCUGAUACUCAAGCCAAGUUCCACAUCAUGUUUUUAUUCUUUGCUGCUGCUAUGUUUUCUGUCAGUUUAUCUUCUCUCUUUGGGUACCACUGUUGGCUUGUCAGCAAAAAUAAAUCGACUUUAGAGGUAUUCAGAGCACCCAUAUUUCAUCACAGAACAGACAAGAAUGGUUUCAGCUUGGGCUUCAGCAAAAACCUAAGACAGGUGUUUGGUGACGAGAAGAAGUACUGGCUGUUGCCUGUAUUUUCAAGCCUAGGGGAUGGUUGCUCCUUCCCAACUUGCCUUGUGAAUCAAGAUCCUGAGCAAGCCUCCACACCUGGUGGUCUUAAUUCAACAUGCAAAAAUGAGAACCAUCUGUUCCCUGCAAAGCCACUACGAGACUCUCAGAGCCACCUCCUUACUGAUACACAUUCCUGGUCGGACAUUGGUGCAAAGGCUGAAAAGGGCAAAGUUGGUAUGAGCAAUCCUGCGUUAACCAUGGAGAAUGAAACCUAGCUUCCCUAAAAAGACACAUCUGAAUAUUUUAGGAAAGUUCAAGAAAAAGCUGUUGGUGGAAGGAAGAUGGAUUCUUCCAAAAUCAGCCCUAUUGGCCAGCUGCUCCUGUCUGCUCCUAUGUGGAUGUGCUCAGAAAACAAACUGACAGAUGAUUAGCUGUCUCCAUGUCAUUGCUUGAAACAUGAAACAAAACAUGCUAUUUUGAAUCACGUAAAGAAUGUUUCAACUUAAAAUUACUAUUUUUGAAUGGUGAAAGGUGAUUCUGAGUACUGGGGGAGGGAAGGGGAAUAGUGAGUUUACUAUUGGAAAAAAAUUCUGUGGCUGAUUUUACUUCAAUAUUCAGCACACACAAAAAAAAGACCUCCUUACAUGCCAGCCUAGGUUCUUGCCCUGAUUUUGAAAGUUCAGCUGUUAAUUCAAAUCACUGUAAGUAUUUGACUUAAAUCAAACGUUUGCACUGCUGGCUUGAUCUUGAUAAAGUGGGAGAAUAAUCAGUGUUGAUUAUGGACAAUUUAGUUGCUUGGUGGACUGCAUCUUCUUUUGAGUGCUUAUGCAAUUUUCUGAAGAUAAAGCAACCCAAGUGAAGUGUCAGACUGUUCCUGGUACUGUUUUGGACAACAUUACAGCAUAGGCUCCCUUUUAAAUAACUUGAAAGUGGAUGUGGGGAAAUCUCCUUUGAUAAUUAAAUGCUUGUGAGUCUCUGAUAAGUGAGUGAUUAAAAAGCCCACAUUCAGAAGGACAGUAUGUAAGUGAAGCUGGUACACUGGGGAUUUUUAUGAAAGCUGCACAGGACAAUCGUAUGAAAUUGGGAUUUUAUUCUCCCAAUUAGAGCCUUCAUUCCUUUAAGAAAAGGAAGGCUGGCACCUCACUCGAACCAAAAGGCAUUUGGUUUUGUUAUUGAUGUUGGUUUUGUCUGUGUUUUUUGUUUUUUAACAAAUCUGUGUUCUUGAUGGACAUUGUCUUUCAAAAUUUCACUUCUGCUUAAUUGAGAGUUGUUUCAGAUAUUUUUUUACUUGUUCUUUAAGACACUGCAUUCCUGACUGCAUAAAUUAAUUAAUAUCACCUAUAAUCAAGGAGACGUUGUAACGUGAUAUUUGCAGUUAUGGGACAAUGAACAUUUGACUGUAAUACCAAAACACCAGACUGCUGCAUGUAGGAAGCCCCCCUCCAUUAAACUGGAGAUAGACAGCAGCUUUCUUAACAUCUGAGUUAACCAGUCAGAUAAUGAAAGAUAAGAUGUAUUACCAACUGCAAAGCCAAGGAAAUUUCUGCAACACAGAUCUAAUUGUCUUGUGCCUUUUGUAUACACCACAUUUACCGUAUCAGCGUUUACAUUUAAAUGCAAAAUAUUUGUUCUUCUGAAAAUAAUAAGAAGGAAAUUAGUUAUGCUUUUCAGGUGGAAUCACAGUGUAAAGAUUCCAAUUUGUUGAAGAAGAGCAAGCCCAUUUAGAAUACUGGUAGCAAGAUUAAGUGAUGGAUCUCUGAAAGGAAAAAUCUUAUUAUUAACCCUUCUAAGGCAGGUAACUUCCUUUUUUUUCUUCUGGGAUUACAACUUAAGUGGUAAGUCCUGGAGCACAAACUGGCUUUUUUUUCUUGUGAGGAAAAGGUAUUGCACUUGUUUGUUGUUGUUUUUUUGGUUUUUUUUUUUUACUCUCAAAAUAUUAGCAACCUGAAACCACCUGAUUCUUGCCAGAAGUGCCAGAGUGUGGAUCCACUGCUGUAGAACACUUUUUAAGAACUAGCAUGAAGGUAGCACAUGGUUUACAUGAUGCCUGCAGACAUCCUCUAACCAAAACUUUUCCACAGCUAUUUGUUCAGUGUUGUCUUAUCUGCUUAGUUUUUAUUAGUGUUUGUUUAGGGAUAAAGGGGAGAGGAAAAAAUAUAUAUUUUUGACACUUCAAGUUCUCUGGCUGUAUAGUCUUGUUUUUUAUGCAGUCAGGGUGAUUUGUUGUGGAGCAUGCAUUUGAAAAGAGUAUAAAGUUGAAAUUCAGCUUUAAUGUAAUCUGCUCCAUAUUUUUACAUACAGACAAAUACAGCUUUCUUCCCAGCAAAACUCAUAAUGGGAAUUGCUGGAACGCAGGUGGCAGACCUGCCCUGUGGCAGGACAGCAAUCACCCUCCCUCAAUGUGCUCAGGGCUCUGUGGGGUCUCAGUAAGGCUAGAAACGGAUGUAUAGAAAUGACAGGGAUCAGGAACUGUCAGUGUCUCAGCAGAAACAUUUAGAAAGCACAAUAACCCUAAAUCUUCAGUUUUGAUGUAGCCUUCGGCUGUCUCUCUUGGAGAAAAGUAAGGGAGAGCACAUGAGGCCAGGGAACAAACUGAUCAAGGGAGGGGAUAGGAAGAUGAGACAUGAGCAUCAUUCAGUUGUGGUCAGCAGAUCUGAACUGGAGGGCCAUGGCUAUACCAGAUCACAGGCUGGUAUGAAUUAGGCCCCAUGAACACUGAUGGCAGCUGGGAUGAGAGCAAAGCUCAUCAUGCUCCAAGGUGUAGUUUCUAAUUCAACUCUAUUUUUGGCUUUAAAUGCCCCAACAACCUAUACAUUACAUAGAGAAGUGACACAGUGUCAUUGAGCACUGAUGCUAUUCCCAUGCAUGUGGGAGAAUUUGUGAACAGGUAACAGGAGCAAGAACACAAAGUCAUUUGUCCACUUACUCUGAUUCUCCUGUUCUUUACCCUGUUAUUGCUAGGCACUUUACUAUAGUCUUCUAAGUGAUAUCCGUAUUUUUUUUAAAGACUGCUUUAUACCUACUGUACAGUUAAUUGACUUUUGCUAAAAAAAAAAAAAAACCCUGAUAUUUGUCUAGAAAUAACAACUCUGCAUUUCAGGCUUCUUUGGAAGUUAGAUGAGUUUGACGGACUCAUCAAAUGAGUCUGAGUCCCUCAAGGCAACAGUUUAUUUUGUAUACAUGUAAGCAGUCAUAUGAAUCCCUAGCCACCCCCACAUGCUUAACAGGCUUCCUUAAUUUGCAUGUUAGAACAAAUCCACUACAUCUCUACACAGAAGUGGCACACAGUUAUAAUUUAUCAGGUAUGUAUAGCGGAUGCAAUGCUCAGAGUCUUCCCAGAGAACUAUUUUAUUAAGACUGAGCAUAUACAUGUUGGUUGGUUCCUUCAGUUGAGCAAUUAGAUACACAAAGCUGCUGCUGUGCACUAAACUGCAGACUGAGAGGUCAGCAGUUUAAACUAAUGAAGCCCUGGUAAUUAUUUCCAACUAUGUGUACUUAAAAUCAUGGUCUUUAAGCAAGGCUUUAGCAUGGGUGGAAGAAGCAAGAUUGUUCUAGUGCAUGGUAUGCCACAACUGUUCUUAGUCUCACAGCUGGACUUUUUUUCACCUUGAUUCAGUUGACUGAUGUGUUGGAUGUAGAGGGAAAUAAAUUUCCACAUAUCUUUAGUGUAGAACUUCGCCACUUGUUAGUGUAUUGCUCAUAUAAAUAAAUGCUUCAUGUUCAGCAAAUAACAUAUGUAGUGGUCAUUCAUAUCCUACUUUCACAAGUUAUCACGAGUACUACAGCUUCAUUAAUGUAGUUACUGUAACUGCCCUCUUCACUCCACAGGAGCAUUUAUGUGAAGCAGAGGCUGCAAUGAGCCUGGUCCUGGUCAGCCACUGCCUGCAGCAUGCACUCAGUUUUUCCCCUCUUUUACAGACUCUGGGUUUUUGGCUGAAAUCCUUGCAUAUGAGUAACUGAACCCUGUACAAAACUUCUCAUGCAAAAUGAGAUUAAAGAACAUACUGUAAUGCUGUAUGGCUGAUGGGGUGUCACUGUUUGCAGCUAUCACUUUUUCAGUAGUUACGGGGUAAGAGGACAGGAAAAGCAGCAGCCUUCUGGGGUAAAACUUAGAGCAAACAGCGUAUGAUUUAACUCAAAGGAAAAACUUGUUUGUUCUUUGCUGUUUAAUUUUCCCCUUUUCUGGUCACUCAUUCUAGAUAAUCCUUUGGUUUCUCAGUUUUCCUAAUGGCACCUAUUCCUGGCAUAGAAUAACUCAGGCAUCCUGCCUCUGUAGUAUUUGGGGCAACGAUUACAGGCAUUUGCCUACAUCCUCAGGCUGAAAUCUUCUGAAGCAGAUGGGCCCAAUACUUUGCAGCAGCAGUUUGGAGAGCAUACAGGGUAAGACACAACCCCCUUCCCACCCUCCUCCA